AUGCAAGAAUUCCAAACUGCCUUCCUCGACCGUGCUAUUGACGCUCAUGCACUUAAAUUCGGCUCGUUCACUCUUAAGUCGGGCCGCCAAUCGCCUUACUUCUUCAACUUGGGCUUGUUCAACACCGGUACAUUGUUGCUGGCUUUGGCUACAUCUUUCGCCAAAGCCAUCAUUGCCUCUGGUAUCAAAUUCGACGUGAUUUUUGGCCCAGCAUACAAGGGUAUUCCUUUGGCUGCCAUUACCGUUGCCAAGCUUGCAGAGCUCGAUCCUGAGAACUACGGUGCUGUGGGAUACUCUUUCAACAGAAAGGAGAAGAAGGACCACGGAGAGGGUGGAUCCAUUGUUGGUAGUGAGUUGAAGGGCAAGCGCGUGAUGAUCAUUGAUGAUGUCAUGACUGCUGGAACUGCCAUCAACGAGGCAUUUGGCAUUAUUGCUCAAGAAGAGGGCCUGGUGGUGGGCUGUAUUAUUGCAUUGGAUAGACAAGAGACUAUUGGUGGUUCGGAUAAGUCUGCCACACAGGCUGUGAGCGAACGUUAUGGUGUUCCAGUGGUGUCUAUUGUCUCGUUGGAAAACAUCAUUGAGCACUUGAGCGAGAAGUUGACUGCUGAGCAGUUGGCCUCCAUUCGGGAGUACAGAUCAAAAUACUCCCCAGCGCAAUAG